AUGGACGCUAAAAUCGGAGCCAUCGACGCGUGUUAUCCGACGACCGGCGAUAUCGGCGGUCCUCCAAAUAACGGCGUCUCCACCGUUCAAAAGUCGAGUCCACCUCACUCAACCAUCAUCAGCCCCUGCGACGCUACCCUUGGCCGUUACCUAGCGAGGCGUUUAGUCGAGAUCGGCGUCACCGACGUCUUUUCCGUUCCCGGAGAUUUCAACCUAACGCUUCUCGACCACUUGAUCGCCGAGCCAAACCUCAAGCUGAUCGGUUGCUGCAACGAGCUCAACGCCGGAUACGCGGCGGACGGUUACGCGAGAUCGCGUGGAGUCGGGGCGUGCGUGGUGACGUUCACCGUUGGCGGAUUGAGUGUAUUGAACGCGAUCGCCGGUGCUUACAGUGAGAAUCUGCCACUGAUUUGCAUCGUCGGUGGUCCAAACUCAAACGAUUACGGUACCAACAGGAUUCUUCACCAUACGAUUGGUUUACCUGAUUUCACUCAGGAGCUUAAGUGUUUCCAGGCUGUUACUUGUUAUCAAGCUGUGAUCAAUAACUUGGAAGAUGCACAUGAACUCAUCGAUACUGCGAUCUCGACUGCUUUGAUAGAAAGCAAACCUGUUUACAUCAGUAUAAGCUGCAAUUUGCCUUCGAUUCCUCUUCCGGCUUUCAGUCGCCAUCCUGUUCCGUUCAUACUCGCGCCUAAGGUGAGCAAUCAGGUGGGUUUAGAUGCGGCGGUGGAAGCAGCUACUGAGUUCUUGAACAAAGCUGUGAAACCAGUUCUUGUUGGUGGACCGAAAAUGAGAGUUGCGAAAGCCAUGGAUGCUUUUGUUGAGCUUGCUGAUGCUUCUGGGUAUGGUGUUGCUGUGAUGCCAUCUGCUAAAGGACAAGUACCUGAGCACCACAAGCAUUUCAUUGGGACGUAUUGGGGAGCUGUGAGCACAGCUUUCUGUGCUGAGAUUGUUGAAUCUGCGGAUGCUUAUUUGUUUGCAGGUCCUGUUUUCAACGAUUACAGUUCCGUUGGGUACUCUCUGCUUCUCAAGAAGGAGAAAUCAAUCAUUGUGCAACCCGAUCGGGUUACUAUCGGUAACGGACCUGCGUUUGGGUGUGUUCUGAUGAAGGAUUUUCUUAGCAAAUUGGCUAAACGAAUUAAGCAUAACAACACUGCGUAUGAGAAUUACCACAGGAUCUAUGUCCCAGAAGGAAAGCCUUUGAGAGAGAGCCCCAAGGAGCCUUUGAGGGUUAAUGUGUUGUUCCAACACAUUCAGAAGCUGCUCUCUUCCGAGACUGCUGUGGUUGCUGAGACCGGAGAUUCCUNGUUUAACUGUCAGAAGCUGAAGCUCCCUGAAGGAUGCGGAUACGAAUUCCAGAUGCAAUACGGAUCAAUUGGUUGGUCAGUAGGUGCUACUCUCGGCUAUGCUCAAGCCAUACCAAACAAGCGUGUCAUUGCUUGUAUUGGAGAUGGUAGUUUCCAGGUUACUGCACAAGAUGUAUCAACGAUGAUACGGUGUGGGCAAAAGACCAUAAUCUUCCUUAUCAACAACGGAGGCUACACCAUUGAAGUGGAGAUUCAUGAUGGUCCUUACAAUGUCAUAAAGAACUGGAACUACACAGCUUUUGUUGAUGCUAUACACAACGGAGAAGGUAAAUGCUGGACUGCCAAGGUGAGAUGCGAGGAUGAGCUAGUGGAAGCGAUUAACACUGCAACUAAUGAGGAAAAAGAGAGCUUGUGUUUCAUUGAAGUGAUACUACACAAAGAUGAUACAAGCAAGGAGCUUUUGGAGUGGGGAUCUAGAGUCUCUGCUGCUAAUAGUCGUCCCCCGAAUCCUCAGUAG